AUGUCUACGCUAGAAGCCGAGCGCCAGCACCUUAGCCGCAACGCAAAAAUCUCAUCCAACAGUCAGUGUUCAGUGAAAAGGAGGAGGAGGAAAACGCCCAGCAAAGUUCAAAGCUCGAGCAGCUCUUUAACAACUGCUGCAUCUUCUGUUGCAACACCGUCCACAACUACAACACCUACUUCAAAAGUGCCAAAUUACAAUGCAACAGCAGAAGUGGCGGUGGAGGGCUGUGAUCUGCCGGAGAAAGAUAAAACAACCCAAAACAUAUCUAGUCAAAAUGAAGUGGAAAAGGGGGCUGCUGCUUCAAGCACGACCACCACCACGACCACUUCAACGACGACAACGACGACGACCACCACAACAACGACCACAACUAACAACAACAACGACAACAGCAACAAGAGCACUCAACAGUCAAUCACGAGUGAAAGUCAAAGUGGCGGUGGAACGACGGUGGACGACAUCAUUCGCAUGAAGGUCGCCUCCUCGCCCACCAAGGACAUGCUCUCCUUUGAGGAGUGGCGGCGGAAGAUCUCCGAGCAGAUGGAGCACUCGGAGCAGCAGAAGCGUGAUCUCAACCUGCUGAAGCAGCAUCAGCAGCAACUACUGCUUCAGGACUCGCAUUCUCAAGGUGGAGAUGGGUCUGCUCUGAAGACCGUUUCAUCGAGCUCCACUGUCAACGGAAACGGCGGUGGCCAUGGCAACGGCGGCAAUGGAAAGCCAGUCCACUCCACCGCUUCGGACUCCGGCACCUCGCAGACGCUGCCCACCAAUCGGGCGCGCAACUUUGCCUCGCACGAGUGCGGCGCCAAGAUUGUCGACUCCAAUGCCGAGGCGGACUUUGUCAAUCGAGUGCUAAACGAGCAGACGGACGAGUACAUGCUGAAUCCCUGCAAGACGGCCAACUGGUUCGUCAUUGAGCUCUGCGAGACCAUUCAGCCCGCCUACCUGGAGAUGGCCAACUUUGAGCUGUACUCGAGCAUUCCGCGGGAGUUCUCCGUCGCCGCCAGCGAGCACUACCCCGCCCGGGGGGAGUGGUCGGUGCUGGGCAGCUUCACGGCGGCAGACGUGCGCACGGUGCAGGGCUUCAAGCUGGCCAACAACGGCUUUGUGAAGUACCUGCGGGUGCAGCUGCACUCUUACUACGGCGCAGAGCACUUCUGCCCGGUCAGUGUGAUGCGCGUCUAUGGGACCAGCCUCUUCGAUGAGGUGGAGCGCAUUGAUAAGCCAAACAGCGGCGGGCCGCUGGACGGGCUGGCCAUUGUGGAUAGCAGUGCCAGUCAGCAGCAGCAGCAGCAACAGCCGAAAACUGUGGUCAAAGAGGAGGAGGGUAGCUCCAUUGCCGAGGAGCCGGCCUCUGUGACCUCAUCAACUUCUACUUCAGCUCCGGCACCUCCUCCUCAGGCUACACCUUCAACAACACCUACUUCAACUCCUUCUACCACCACCACUGGAGAGCACCAUCCGAACCUCUUUGGCAGUGCGAAGAACGCAGUCUACAGUAUUGUCAUGAGGGCCCUUAAUU